UUAGUUUGUUUGUAAAUAUAUGUAUCUUUUUUUCAUUUCUUGUUUCAGGUAGUUUAUUAUAAAUUUUGAUUGACAUGACAUGACUAGUGGGCUAGAUGCAUGUAUUUUUAAUCGGGAAGAUGGUAGGUUUAGGCGUUUUUUUGUGUCGAAGUGUGUAUCUUGUCUGUAUGUCUUCGCGUGUGGUGUAAAAUUCUUUGUGUGUAUGGGCAAAUUUACAGAUUUUCAAUAUGUAUAAUGAGGGUAGAGUGAUAAUGUUUAGUUUUAUGAAAUGUGGUUUGCAGCUGUCUGUUUGUUCUAUGUUAACUAUGAUCCGAAUUAACUUUUUUUGAGUUGUGAAUAUUGCUGGUGCGUCGGUGCUAUUUCCCCACAUUAUUACACCGUAGUUUAGCCAUGCAUGCGCAUAGGCGUAGUAGGUGGUUAUAGCGGUUUUCAGGUCCGUAGUAUUUUUAAUUUCCCGGAAAGCAUAUAAAAAUUUUGAAAGUUUUGAUUUUAUUUUUAGUAUGCGUGAUUUCCAGUUUAUGAUUGUGUCUAUUGUUAUACCUAGUAAUGAAAAUUCGUUAACUUGUCCUAUUGUGUGGUUGUUAAAAGAGAAAUUUAGAGAAAGUGGCUUUUUAUGACGGGGGUGGAAUGCUAUUGUUUUGGUUUUUUCAAAAUUGAUUUUAAGAUUGUGUGCAUUCAUCCAGGUUAUUGUUUUUAUUAGAAUAUUAUUGAGUGUAGAGUGUAUGUUAGUGAUAUCAUGACAGGAGGUUAUAAUCGAAAUAUCAUUAGCGAAUAAAACACAUGGACUAGGUCCUUAUGGUUUUUGGAAGGUCUUUUAUAUAAAUGAGAAAAAUAAGGUUUAUGGAGCUAGUGAGCUCACUGAAACUAGCUAGCUUAGGUACCCAAAUAUCGAGCUUUUUUGUGUACCCAGUUUUUUCAAAUGCGCCAAAACUGUUUUGUGGUCAAUUCCCAGUUCUUCAACUACGUCGUAACUACUGAUAUGCCAAUCUCCACUUUUUCAAAAAUGCCAUCUAUUUUAUCCGACCAGAGCGACGACCAUCUUUGACAUCAAAACUUCCGGAUUGAAAAUGCUCAAACCAAAUUUGUGCUACUCUCUUGACACUGCACUAGAUCCAUAAACAUAGCAUUUUUUUUCGCAGCUUACGUUGCAUUUUUACCUUCUUUGUAGUAAAAUUUCUCAUUAGAUUCACUCAUCUUGACAGUACGAAAAAUAAUAAAAAUCACACAUUUUCCUAAUUUGAAUUUUGAAUUAUCUUCUUUAAAAUUUAAACUUUUAAUGAUACCAACACCAGCCAGAUACAAAUAGUAUAGCCAAAGAGAUUUUAUUGCGAGUUCAUACAUACUAUAAUGCGAAAAGACUUUUUCCCCAACCUUGUACAUAUUAUACAGAUUGUUGAAAUUGCGAGAAAAACUUGUAUUGUAAUACUUUUUUAUUAGUUAAAAAGACAGCUUUCAUUGUUAAUUAUUAUUUAAUCUGAUACCAACUUCGAAAUUUUAAAUUCGAUUAAUAACUCUUAUCUAAAUUGGCCAUUAUCGAUCACAAUGAUCACAUUUAACUGAUUAAAAAGAAAAAUAUUUUUUAUGAUAUAAUUGAUUCGUUGCCACUUCGAUUAGUAAAUAAAGUAAUUCGAGCAUAGACAUGCGUUUCCUUUUAUGCCUGUUGUUUAGCUUAUUAGCUAUUGUGUUCAGUCAAACAGUUUCAAGAGUCCGACUCGUCGAUCAUACUAGUUAUAUUGUAGAACUUGUACAGAAAACUAUCAAUCGGGUUCAGAAAAAUCAUUGGAACGGCCUUAAAGUUCAUGACGUUACUAUUGAGAUUGAUGAAGAAAUCCUGAAUAAAACGGUCCAGGCUACGAUCUCUCUGAGUAAUGGGUUCAUAGUAUCGAUGCAGCAUUUAACACUUAUUCCGUCGACCAUCCAACAAGUCUGGUUGUAUACGAGAGCUACAAAUACCACGGCUCUGGAACUACGAAGUACUAUGCAAAUGACGGACAUCGCCAUUGGCUUUGACGUAGAUGGAACGAUAGAUGGUGUACAUUACCAUAACACAGGGACAAUAAUAUAUCCAUCAAUACAAUUUAAAUUAGCGCUAGUAAAAAACUUAUUUACCGGUGAACUUUCUACAAGAGCUGAGCCAGUAUUGUGGAGAACAGCAAAUCAAUUGCAAUUCGUACCUUCGGAUACAUUUUCACAAGUUUUAGUCCAUUUGUAUGACUGGAACAGUACAUUUCCAAGUAUUCAAACGUGGGCCAAUGAGGUAUUUGCACCUUUAAUACUUGAUGUAGCCGAAACGGAGCAUCCAAUACCGGAAUUCUGUUACGAUUGUCCUGUCUAAUAAAUAUUGAACACAGAUAAACAUAAUGUAUUAAUCUCUGAACCAUUUUUUGAGUUUUCUUGUAGACGACAACUAUUAAUAGUAUUUUGCGUUUUAUUUAUUUAUUUAUUUAAUAGCGAUACCGAUAGGGUUACCGAUCCCAAUGCUGAGUUUUUAUUCCGUUACAUCAGUGCUACGGAUAUUGGGAUAAUUACAUCGAAAAUGCAAACUAAAACGUUUAAGAACUCUGGUUUUACGUAUAAUUAAGAUGACACUUUUCAAUUUAUACCCAUUUACGAGAUUUCAUCUAAGUACAAGAAUUU